AUGCCUUCGGAAGCUAUUCACAAUAUCGUGACCCUUGUUCCUCAAGAUGGGAAGCUCACCGACUUGGCUCAAGCCUUCAACAAAUUGUCCCAAUAUGUCCAGACUCACGAACCUGAAACGCUCCUCUACUACGCUGUUCAACCAAAGGGCAAGGACCAACUGGUAAUUGUCGAGAAAUAUGCGAGUGAAAAUGCACUGAAAAGCCACGCUCAGUCAGUAGCCUUCAAGGAAUUUGGGAAGGCAAUUAAAGAGAUCCUGCAAAUGCCACCGGAUAUUAAGACUUCUACUUUUACCGGUGGAUUUGAAGCCAGGUCCCGAAUUUAA